AAAGUUCAUAAUGGAAGAUUUGAAGUUAUUUGGUGUAUGGUAUAGCCCAUUUGUUUGUAGAGUUAAAUGCGCUCUACAAUUGAAAGGUCUGAAUCAUGAAUACAUAGAAGAAGAUCUUUCAAACAAGAGUGAUUUACUCUUGCAAUACAACCCAGUUCACAAGAAAAUCCCAAUUCUAGUUCAUGCCGGAAAACCCAUCGUUGAAUCGCUCAUCAUACUAGAGUACAUCGACGAGACGUGGCCGGACAAAUAUCCAUUACUCCCCAAAGAUCCUUAUGAAAGAUCUAAAGCUCGUUUCUGGGGCAACUUUUUGCAAGACAAGGAAUCAACCUUUUGGAGUUUAGUUCUUGUUAGAGCAUCCACAUUUGAGUUUAGUCGUACCAUUGCAGUCGCUCUUACUGAGGAAACCAAAGAGAAAACAGUCAACGAAGUCGUUGAAGUACUAAGAACCCUUGAAGAACAUGGACUAGGUGACAAGAAAUUUUUCGUGGGAGACGAUAUCGGAUUCACAGACUUAGCAAUUGGAAUCGGAAUUCAUUGGAUGAAAGUAGUUGAGGAGCUCAAAGAAGUGAAGAUAUUUGAAACUUGUACACGUUUGCAGGCAUGGAUCGCAAGGUUCAACGAAGUGCCAGCAGUCAAAGAAGGCUUACCUAGUUACAAUGAAUUGGUCACUCAUUACAAGUCUCGCUGGGGCUGAUGC